UAUUCUGAAGGGAAUUUCUGUUCUUGAUCUCUCUUCUACUCUUCAGCUUCUUGGUAUCUCGGCCACUUUCUUUUCCCUUUUCUGAAGGACUGGUAAAGUUUUGGAUGAUCACCUACUAAUCAGUGCAAAUUCAAAUUCUCUCUUUUGUGUAGGGUCUAAGUAUAACAGUCAGAUGAAGAGACACCACGAACAGAGUGAUAAACUUGUAAAACUACGGGCUAAUUAUGAAAUGCUAAAAAAUAAGUUCCUGGAGGAGUGCGAGCCUAAAUACGAAACCUUGAAGCAGAAGUACUCAGAAGAGUGCGCUGAAAGGAAGCGCCUACAUAAUGAACUGAUCAAGCUGAAGGGCAAUAUAAGGGUUUUUUGCAGAUGCAGGCCAUUAAAAUCAGAAGAGAUCUCUAAAGGUUAUUCUUUUGUGGUAGAGCUUGACCCAUCACGGGAUACUGAAUUGCAGAUCAUCUGUUUAGACUCCUCCAAAAAGCAGUUUAAAUUUGAUCAUGUUUUUGGACCUAAAGAUGAUCAAGAGGCUGUCUUUGUGGAGACCUUGCCAAUUGUGAAAUCAAUACUAGAUGGGUACAAUAUGUGCAUUUUCGGAUAUGGGCAGACAGGUAGUGGGAAUACAUUUACGAUGGAAGGAACAACAGAGAACGGGGGUGUUAACUACAAAGCUUUGGAGGAACUGCUCAAGUGUUCCAAGGAAAGCAGCUCCAUAAUCAGAUAUGAACUUUCUGUGAGCAUGUUGGAGGUCUAUAAUGAGAAGAUCAGAGAUCCUCUGGUAGACAAUGCAGAUCAACCUGUGAAGAAAUUGGAGAUAAAGCAAGUGGCAGCCGGAAUACAGGAUGUGCCUGGGUUGGUUGAAGCUCAGAUCUGCAGCAUAGAUGAGGUGUGGGAGAUGCUUAAAACUGGAGCAAGGAACAGAUCGGUUGGGUCAACCAAUGCAAACAAGCUCUCACUGCUUCAUUGCAGCAUGGUUCGGGUGACUAUCAAGAGUAAGAAUUUGGUGAGUGGGCAGAGGAGCAGGAGCCACAUGUGGCUUGUGGAUAUAGCUGGAAGUGAACGUGUUGCAAAGACUGAAGUUGAGGACCAGAGUUUGAAAGAGUGUCAGUUCAUCGAUAAGUCACUCUUGGCAUUAGGAGAUGUUAUCUCUGCUCUUGCCUCAAAGAACCCCCAUAUUCCAUACAGGAACUCAAAGCUUACCCGUCUGCUCCAAAGCUCUCUAGGAGGAGAUUGCAAGACUCUUAUGUUUGCACAGAUCAGCCCAAGCUCAGCAGAUUUGGGAGAAACACUCUGCUUAUUAAAUUUUGCUAGUCGAGUCCGGGGAGUUGAGCAUGGCCCUGCCCGUAAACAAUCAGAUCCAGCAGAAAGUUUCAAGCUUAAACAGAUGGCAGAGAAGCUCCGACAGGAAGAAAAGGAAACAGCAAGAUUAAAUGAAAGCUUGCAGUCGAUGCAGCUCAAAUAUGCAUCACAGGAGUAUGUCAUUCAAACUCUUCAAGAAAACGUUAGAGAUCUUGAGAACCUGAGGGCCUCCAGACAGACUGCCAAAUUCUCCAAGCCACCACCGGCUCCCAUCAAGGAGAGGCCUCCUUUGAGCAAAAUCACUAACCGUUUGCCACGUUAAGAAAGAAGUGGUUCAGAUCAGUCAGGCAACCUAGAUUACCUCCAAACUUGCUCCUUGUGUGGAGAUCAGAUGACCCAUUUAAGGGAUAAAAAUAUCACAUCAUAUUCUUUUAUCUUCCAUCACCUCUAUAUGUUUAAAUAUUGCUUUUAAUUGCCUCUAAAGUCACAAUGAUGAAAAAAAAUCAUACCA